AUGUCCUCCCUCCUCACCACAAUCCUCAAACACACCACCCCGCCCAUGCUGCGCACAACAUCCCCCAAGUUCCCCACCACAACCUCCAAAUCCGACGAGCCCGUGAUCCCCGACCCGGCCGUCUUCACAAUCAGCCCUCUCGACACCACCGCGCUCGGCACACACGCGCCGCCGCCGUCCGUCUCGCAGUGCGCCGUGCACCUGGAGCUGCUGCAGGCAAUCAGCAAGCUCAGGCACCGGGUCGUCAAGGAGGCGGCGUUCAUUGAGAUUUUCGGCACGGUCGACGAGGAGCGCGAGACGUGGUGGGGCGCGUUUGUGGAGGUGGCUGUGGGGCGGUUUGGGACGUGGUGGUGGGGCGUGGAGGAGGAGUUGAGGAGAAGAGAGGGGACUAGUUGUGAGGGGAGUCCUGGCAGGGCUGGGAGCAUCAGGAGGGGAUUGGCGAUUCCAAAGGGUAGCAAUACUGCGUGGGGCGGCAAUGGCGAGUGUAAGAGGACGACGCCAAGUCCUAAGAACACACCCCCGACGGGGGUGGGGGGACUGGCGCUGUUGGAGGGGAAGAAGUCAAUCUCGCCGAGUAGGCUGGCGGGCAGAGACAGCCUGCAAAGCCUAAGGAGCGCAUCGGGAGGUUCGAAGAGCGAGAGGGUGAAGGAGAAGGCGCAGAGCGUCAAGAGCGGCAUAACAGAGGCCGUAGAAAGCGUCCAUCUCAGAGAGCUACCAGAAGACCUGCUUCCUCCACUUGAUGUCCUGAUGGUCUGGCACGCAUACAUGCUCAACCCCCGCUGCUACAACGAGGACGCCCUCCAUUAUGGCCUGAACCUAAUCCACAGCACCGCCUUUCCCUGGGCGCACAUCCACGCCGCAAUCAAUAGCGAAACCUUCACCUACACGCUGCCAGACUCGGCAGCACGCUUCUUCGAGCGCCUGACUAACCAGUCGCCGCGUCUCAUGGACGAGCUCCUGUGGAAGGACGUUGCGCCCCGGAAGAGCAUCAAGUGCCCCGCGUGCGGGAAGGUCGGGGCACCGGUACGCAUCUGCGACUCUGAGAAGAAGGGCGGCGGGUGGAUGGACGUAGACUUCAAGACAGACUGCGCAGAGUGCGGAAACGUCAUUGACAAAGAGGGACUGUGCUCCGAGAAGCUCAGGCUCGAGAUCGAAGAGCUCCUCAAGGCCGGUCCCGAGGCAAGAAUGCGCAUGACAAACCUAGACCGCCAAGGGCGCUCCUUCGCCGAAGACCCCACCAGCCCAACAUGGGAGUCCAUGAACUUUGUCAACGACCUCUUCCGCCGCACCUUUACCGGCGUCACCUUGACACACACCGACACCUUCAGCACCAUCUCCGACCACCUCCACGCCAACAUCCCCGCCGAAACCCCCGCCGCCCACACUGCAGCACUCACCCUCGUUCUCUCCGCCUUCUCCGCAACACCGCGGAAGUUCUCCCUCAACCUCAACGGCGCGGUAAUCCGCCAGUUCAGCUUCGUCGCAAAGAUGAACGACAAGCUGUGGAUCCGCUCGCCGGGGCUCGUCGGCCGCCUCCCACUCGACUCGCUCUCCAGCAUGCGCGCAAAGCUGGGCGCCACGCGCUCAUGUGUGCUGAUCGACAGCGACGCUGGCUUCUUGAAGCGCGCGGUGGUGCGCUACGAGGGCUUCUUUGCGCUGUUCAAGAUGCACCCGGGGCAGAUGCUGGUGCCGACGCUGGAUGUGGACCUCGUGUGGCACAGCGCCAUGUUGACGCCUGUGGGGUACCGGGCGUGGUGUAGAGCGAUGGCGGGGAGGUUUAUUGACCACGAUGAUAAGAUUGGGACGGGGACGCUGGAUACGGCGUUUGAGUUUACCGGGGAGGCGUUUGCGAAGGCGUUUGGCGGGCUGUAUGGGAAGUGCUGUUGCUGGUUCUGCGAAGCGGCGGUUAGUGAGGGGUUGGAUCCGGAGGAGGAGGAGGGGGGACGGGAGAAGAGGGGCGUGUGGGGGAGGGUGUGGGCGAAGGGGAAGGAGAGGGAGGGGAAGAAGGAGAGGGCUGUGAGGAUUAGGGUGGAGUUUUAUAAGGAGGUGGAGAGGAGGAGGAGAGCGGGAGAGGCGGGGCUGGCCUGGGGUGGGCUGUGGGAGGCGUUGAGGAGGAGUUAG